UGUGUGAGGUUGGAUUUGAACUCAGCAAGGUAAGUCUUCCUGACACCAGGCCCAGCUGAAGCAAUAUUUAGGAAAAAAUAUAAAUGAAAAAUGAACUAAUGAUGCAUAUCUUUAUCAACUGUCUUUAUAUCAUUAGGCAACAGAGAGAAGCAUAUCUCUAUCAAGGACAGAUUUCAGAAAAUGCUCAAUUUCACUGAUGUGACAGAAUUUAUUCUUCUUGGACUAACAAGUCACAGGGAAUUACAAGUUGUCUUCUUUGUCAUCUUUCUAAUGGUUUAUAUAAUCACCAUUUUUGGAAAUAUUGGCAUGAUUAUACUAAUCAAAGUCAGUCCCCAACUCAGCAGCCCCAUGUACUUUUUCCUCAGUCACCUGUCUUUUGUGGAUGUGUGGUUCUCCACCAAUGUUACUCCCAAAAUGCUAGAAAAUUUAAUAUCAGAGACUAAAACAAUUUCCUAUGCCAGUUGCUUAGUUCAAUGCUUUUUCUUCAUUGCCCUUGUCCAUGUAGAAAUAUUUAUUUUGGCUGUGAUGGCUUUUGAUCGAUACAUGGCAAUUGGUAACCCUUUGCUUUAUGGCAGUAAGAUGUCAAGAACUGUCUGCAUCCGAUUGAUCUCUUUCCCAUAUAUAUAUGGUUUCCUCACUAGUUUGGCAGCAACACUGUGGACUUAUGGAUUGUAUUUUUGUGGCAAUAUUGAAAUCAACCACUUCUAUUGUGCAGACCCUCCACUUAUCAAAAUGGCUUGUGGUGGAACAUAUGUAAAGGAGUAUACAAUGAUCAUUCUCGCUGGUAUCAAUUUCACAUACUCCUUAUCUGUCAUAAUUAUUUCUUAUCUGUUUAUUCUCAUUGCUAUCCUCCGAAUGCGUUCUGCAGAAGGAAGGAGGAAAGCAUUCUCUACUUGUGGAUCCCAUCUGACAGCAGUAGUUAUAUUUUAUGGGACACUCAUCUUCAUGUAUCUUAGGCGCCCCACUGAGGAAUCGGUGGAGCAGGGGAAAAUGGUGGCUGUGUUCUAUACUACAGUAAUUCCCAUGCUGAAUCCCAUGAUCUAUAGCCUGAGAAACAAAGAUGUGAAAGAAGCCAUGAUAAGACUGAUAAGCAAAACAUGUUCAGCCAAGUAAAAAUAGUCUCUAUCCUUCUAAGUCCUGUGAACAUUUGAGCUUCUUUGGGGAUUGUGUUUAUAUGUACAAAUGAAUCAUCAUGAUUCCCUAGAUUUUGGUUCCAUUAUUUUAAGGGGUAAAAGAAGAAACAAAGAGAAAUUCAUCCUCUUAAGCUCCAGACAAGGCAUCUAUGUAACUAUUGAUUAUCUACAUGAAUGUAACUUCUGUAGCACAUUAAUAUUGUAAUAAAAAAAAUAACAAACAGACAUAUCAGUGGUGAAGUUACCAACCUCUUCAAGUCUAGUCAACAAACAUUUAUUAACCACCAACACUGCAACACUCAACAAUAAAAGUAUGCAGAAAAGCAAAACAAACAAAAAAGCCUUGAAGUCCCCACCUUUAAGGAGAUAGCUGUCUAAUGGAAAGACAACAUUCAAAUAACUCUGUACAAACUAUUUGUAGGUUUGUGCAUAUGACAAAUUGUACAUAAUCACAGAAGGAACUGAUUAAUAUUAAAGGGGAUCAGAAAAGACUCUGUAUAAGUUGGGGUUUUAACUUGUACCUUAGAGAAACCAAGAGUUGGAGAUGAGGAAAGAGAGAGCAUUUCAAACAUGGGGAAUGAUCAAUGAAAAUCCCUCAAAUCAGGAGAUGGAGUUUCUUGUGUAAUGAACAGAAAAGACACAAAUGUUAUGGUAUGUAUGUAGAGGGGAAAUGGUUUGAGAAAACAAGAAGAAUGGGAAGGGUUCAGAUAAUAUGGGGCCGUUAGAGCAAAUUAAAUUAUUUUAGAUUUCAUUUUGAGACUAAUAGGAAGCAAUGGAAGUUCAAAAAAUGUUUUCUUUUAAAAAGAUCAUUUGAAAGGAAGAAAUAAAAAAUGUGGGGAAAUACAAGUUUGCAGAGUAAAGAUACAGAAGGUUGGAUGGAUUGCAAAAAAACAGAAGGUGCAGAAGGGAUGCUUAGAAUUCUGAGAGUGUUCUGAGGUGGUUGAAAAACUGCCAGCCUGGGAGAAGAGUUUGGGAAAAAGCAGUGGGAGACUACACAGCUCCUGAGAGUGCCUCUUCUCUGAUCAUGCUUCACUUUGUCCUGCAUACUUGGUUGGAUCCUGUCCAAUCUAAUAUUGUUCCUGCCAGGAUUUCCUGAUCUAAAAGCCAUCUGUUUAACUACAUGAAAGAUAAAACACCAUCUUGAUUAAUUUGAUCUUCAAAGUUACCUCUGUCACCUGACUCCUGAUCUGGCUACUAGAUUUACAAUAUCACAAAAGAUUAAUUUGGAUGGGUUCAGGUUAGAGCAGUUAGACAGGAAUUUGGGGACAUUGGACAGAGAGGGAGAUAAGAGCAACUCUGACUUUGUUGGAGGCUGAAGAGAUCUUUACAGUUCAGUGGGUUCUGGGAUAGUGAGGGUGUAUUAUGCUAGGGAAAUUCCUUAUCCCUCCAUUCCUUACCAAAUCCUAAUUAUAAGCCUGCAGUUGUUAAGAUCAAGAAGUCAGAUUGGCUUCUCUCAGAGCUCUAGGAUUGAGGGUAGUCAUCUUGCCCUUAGGCCAGGGAGAAGAAGCUACUACAAACUGCACUUUUAAAACCUUAUUUAAGGGUCAAUAAAUAAUCUUUCAGUAUUCUAAGUGAGGUGAGAGACUGGC